CUGAUUUUUUUUCUCCCUUGGAAGAUAUGCUGAUUGGAAGACUAGUGAAAAGAUGACAUCACAGCAAGGGAGAGAGAGUGGAAAAAAAGGUAUGGUGAAAGAAGGCCAAAUGACACACAAAUAAUCUUUCCAAAAAUUAAACAGGAUCCAGAGGAGGUUUGAAACAGAAAAGUUUUGAGUUUUAUCAUGGAUCACAAGACUGAUCUGAAAAGAAGACAGCUGCAUAGCUUGACUUUAUUGGAUCAAAUAAAUGGCAUGAAAGAAUUGACACAAAUGAUAGACGUGGUCCUGGUAGCAGAAGGUGAGAAGUUCCCUUGCCAUAAGCUGAUACUGGCAGCUUUUAGUCCCUAUUUCAAAGCCAUGUUUACCUGUGGCUUACUUGAGUGCACCCAAAGAGAGGUAGUGCUCUAUGACAUCUCAGCAGAGAGUGUGUCCAUAAUACUCAACUACAUGUACAGUGCGGAUUUGCACCUCACUCAUCUGAAUGUGCAAAAUGUUGCUGUUGCAGCAUACUUUCUGCAGAUGGAAGACAUUUUCAGUGCAUGUGAAAAAUACAUGAUGGACCAUAUGGAUGCUUCCAACUGCGUUGGGAUCUACUAUUUUGCAAAGCAUAUUGGGGCAGAAGACUUAUCUGAUCAAGCUAGGAGAUACUUGUACCGGCAUUUUGCUGAGGUGAGCCUACAAGAAGAAAUUUUAGAGAUUGAAGCACAGCAGUUGUUGAGCCUCAUAAGAUCAGAUGACCUGAACGUAUCCCGUGAGGAAAGCAUCUUGGAUUUGGUCCUCAGAUGGGUGAACCACAGCCGAAAAUCACGUUCAGAGCACCUUAUUGAGCUCCUGGAGCAGGUGAGGCUGGUACUUGUAAGCCCCUCCUUCCUAGUGGAAGCUCGGAAAAGGAACACAGUGCUACUUUGUAAUUCUGAAUGUCAUACUAUGAUUGAGAAGGCAUUGGAAACCAUCAAGAAAGCCAACCAACCCUCUUUCAGUCUUCGCUACGGCAUGGAGACCACCAGCCUUUUACUUUGCAUCGGCAAUAAUUCCUUGGGUAUUAGAUCAAGACACGGCAGCUAUGCAGAUGCCAGUUUUUGUUAUGCUCCUGCCACAAAAAAGACUUACUUCAUUUCCUCUCCAAAGUAUGGGGAGGGUUUGGGAUGUGUGUGCACUGGUGUUGUCACUGAGAACAACGAUAUUAUCGUGGCGGGGGAGGCGAGUGCUGCCAAAAUGUCUAGGCAAAAGACCAGGAACAUUGAAAUUUAUAGGUAUUACCAUCGGGGAAACCAGUCUUGGGAAAGUUUGUGCACUGCUCAGUUUCGUGAGCUCUAUGCAUUGGGCACCAUCCAUAAUGACCUCUAUGUCAUAGGAGGCCAAGCCAAACUGAAAAACCAGUAUCUGGUCACCAACUGUGUUGAGAAAUACUCCAUGGAGCAAGGGAGCUGGAGAAGUGUAGCACCUCUUCCAUUGCAACUGGCUUGCCAUGCUGUGGUGACAGUGAAAAAUAAACUCUACGUGAUGGGAGGCUGGACACCCCAGAUGGAUCUCCCUGACGAUGAGCCAGAUCGAUUAAGUAACAGAAUGUUUCAGUAUGACCCAGGCCAAGACAAAUGGACAGAGCGCACCCCAAUGAAGUACUCCAAAUACCGCUUCAGCACAGCUGUAGUCAACAGUGAGAUUUAUGUCCUGGGUGGAAUUGGCUGCCUGGGUCGAGACAGGGGGCAGGCACGGAAAUGUCUUGAUGCAGUGGAGAUUUAUAACCCAGAUGGAGACUUUUGGAGGGAUGGGCCUCCUAUGCCUUCUCCUCUCCUCGCCUUACGAACCAACUCUACCAAUGCUGGCUCUGUGGAGGGGAAGCUCUAUCUUUGCGGAGGAUUUCGUGGAGCAGCUCGACAUGAAGUUAUCACCAAAGAGAUCCUAGAGCUGGAUACGUGGGAAAACCAGUGGAAUGUGGUGGCCGUCAAUGUCCUCAUGCAUGACAACUAUGACGUCUGCCUUGUUGCCAGAUUGAACCCACGAGAUCUGAUCCCCCCGCCUUCUGAUCUAGCGGAGCAGUAGAAAUGCAGUUGUUUCUAGUGGCUCCAGAGUCUGCUGUAGCUGAUGAACUCAGAAUAAAGAGAGGGAGGCAGAGUGACAAAGGAACUGGUCUGAAGUGACAGCUGGGUUUUAAAGAGAUGGCACUGUAACCAUGUGCUUAGGCACAGCCAUGCUUUUGAAUGGUGCUUCCCAUGGGCAGAUCUAGAAUUUUGAAGAGGGGGUGCAGAUGUUGAGAUGCAUUCAUAAUGUCUAAAACAACACAUUUUUCUCCAGUCAAAAAGAAACUAGAAGCUUUACUAAUAUGCAAGGGGCCUAGGGCUAAAAUAAAUAUAACUUCAUUGGCAUGAGUUAAAACCAAUCUGCAAGGCUAUGAAAUAGGAGCUUCAUUACCAGGAGCAGCUCACAGAAUUGCAAAACAAAGGCUUGCUUGAUUAUGGACUAUCAGGACCAUUAAAAAGGAGGGAUGGUCAUUAACAGCUGUGGAAUGAAGAGUUUAGAAG